AUGGCAAGACGAAAACUAAGUACUACGGAACGCUGGCAAGUUGUAGGUAUGGCAAAUACAGGUCUAAGUUGCCGUAGAAUAACGGUUCAUUUUGGUGUUAACCACACUGUGAUUAUCAGGCUCGUGCAUAGAUACCGACAGACAGGGUCAGUUGAAGACCGCCCUAGAGCAGGCAGACCACGUAAAACUACUGCCAGAGAAGACAGAAAUCUUUCACGGCAAGCAAGAUUGAAACUUUUCUCUUCUGAUGAUCAGCUUCGUAGACUUUGGCCUAUUGGGGGUAGAAUUGAGGUAGCAUUUGGUAAAGAAAGUACGAAAAAGAAAAGAACAAGUAUUGGUGAUGGGUUUUCCAGUUUUAUCAGGAAAGGGACACGGUUACUGCGGAAAAAGCCACCAGAAAAGCAAAAAGAACAUAACACAGAUUUGGACAAAAAUCAGGAAGCAGAAAGCAUAUCAGAACCAUCAGAAUUAUAUGCAAUAUUUGAUAAACAUGGUAAUUAA